ACAAAAGCAUAAUGUAGAGUAUAGAGACAGCUGCCCAAUGUGUGUUUAGGCCCAUGGAUUGGAGUUGAAGUGACAAGUAUAGUAUAGGGGCAGGUGAGAGCAAGUGAAGAUUAAAGCGAGAUCAGUGGGCGAGCUGAGGGGCGAAGGAGAAGCAAAACGAAUCGGUCAGCAGACUCUCACUGUCCCUCAGAUUCUGCUUCCUAUUUCCUGUAUCCUCUCAGUUGAACUUUUUCCCCAGAGAUAUGGCCAUGUCUGCAAAUAACAAUAACCUACAAAAGAACAUUGGUGCUUCAUCCCCAUUUGGAAAUUCUUUGCCUGUGAAUCCAUCUCCACAGCAACAAAUGGGAUCUGGAUUUCCAGGCCAGUUCCAGCUUACUGCUGCACAAGCACAAGCCAUUGCGCAGGCUCAGUCAAAGGCUCAGGCUCAUGCCCAAGCUCAAGUGCAGGCAGCCCACGCUCAGUUCCAAGCUCAGUUGCAAGCUGCUCAGGGAAUUUCAUUUAACCAGGCUCAUGCAAGUGGGGUCGCAAAUUUGGGUUCGCCAUCGCCCUCUGUUUCAGGAGCUGGAAGUGCGAGUGCCAAAAGAUUUCCACAAAAGCCACCAGUACGCCCGCCAAGCUUCUCGCCUUCCAACACUGCCUCCCCAUUGAGGACAAUGGAAGCUUCUGCUGCUGCUCGCAGGAAGAAGCAGAAGCUUCCUGAGAAACAGUUACAGGAAAGAGUCGCCGCUAUUUUGCCGGAAUCUGCUCUUUACACGCAGCUCCUUGAGUUCGAGUCUCGCGUGGAUGCUGCUUUGACAAGGAAAAAAAUUGAUAUUCAAGAGGCUUUGAAGACCCCAACAUUCAAUCAGAAAACUCUCCGUAUUUAUGUAUUUAAUACUUUCGCUAAUCAGGUUCGCACUAUUCCUAAGAAGCCAAAUGCCGAGCCCCCUACUUGGACUCUUAAAAUUGUAGGGAGGAUUUUGGAGGAAGGAACAGAUUCCGACCAGGCUGCCAUGAUACAGAAAUCAAGCUCCUAUUAUCCUGAGUUCUCUUCAUUUUUCAAAAGAGUUACUAUCACUUUGGACCAGAAAGUAUACCCUGAUAACCAUUUGAUUAUAUGGGAUAGUGCCCGAUCAUCUGCUCCUCAUGAAGGCUUUGAGGUGAAAAGGAAAGGGGAUCAGGAAUUCACUGCAAGCAUAAGAUUAGAAAUGAAUUAUAUGCCUGAGAAGUAUAAGCUUUCAGCUGCUUUGAUGGAUCUGUUAGGUAUUGAGGUUGAUACUCGUGCAAGAAUCAUGGCUGCGAUAUGGCACUAUGUCAAGGCUAGAAAAUUGCAGUGUCCAGAUGAUCCAUCUUCUUUCAAUUGUGAUCCGCAACUCCAAAAAGUAUUUGGGGAAGGCAAGAUGAAGUUCACAUCAGUCACACAAAAAAUUACACCCCACCUCUUUCCUCCACAACCCAUACAUUUAGAACACAGGAUCAAACUUUCAGGAAAUAGUCCUGUCGGAACUGCAUGCUAUGAUGUAUUAGUUGAUAUACCCUUCCCAAUUCAAAGAGAAUUGAAUGCUUUGUUAGCCAAUACUGAAAAGUCAAAAGAGAUUGAAGCCUGUGAUGAUGCAAUUUGUACUGCUAUAAGAAAGAUCCACGAGCACCGUCGUAGAAGGGCAUUCUUUCUAGGAUUUAGUCAGUCGCCUGUAGAGUUUAUUAAUGCCCUCAUAGAUUCUCAAAACAAGGAUCUCAAGCUUGUUGCUGGGGAAGCAAGUCGCAAUGCAGAAAAAGAGCGGCAUUCAGAUUUCUACAACCAACCCUGGGUUGAAGAUGCCGUUAUUCGCUACCUUAACCGAAAGCCGUCAGCAGAUGCCCCAAGCAGCACCUGAAUCAACUGGAAUACUAAAACCUAGAAGAAUUAUCUGUUUUCUUUUUUUGGUAUUCUUCAGUGAACUACUCGAGGUGGAUUUUGGAAGUGCCAAUGCUGCAAUUGUCUUCACUAGAGAACCAAAAGGAAGACAUGCAUCCUGGAAGAAGUAGAAUUUAGAAUAUCUAGGAAUUCCAGCAGUGCUGGAUGUAAAUUUAUUGUUGGAUUAGUUAGUGUUUGCUGCGCCAUAAAAAUUGGAAUUUACGAAAAAUGUGAAAGCAGCUAGGUGGGAUCAAUUCACUCGAUACGCUGCUGAAUUCUGAUAAUGUUGGUAGUGAUAUUUUUU